AUGUCCUGCUUCGAAAAGGUCCUGGCAACUAACUUUUUUAGCCAUUUUUUGAUCUUCUUGUCAUUUCUACUGAAUCUGAGCGUCAUAAUUCUUACCUACUACCAUCUGGCCUGGGUCUACGUUCAGAGGGGAGUAGUCGUGGAGGGAGAUGUCUAUCAGACCAACAUUAAUGACUUUUACCUUUCCCGCCAUCCUCGAGAUUUGGUUCGCCUUAUUGAAAUGAGCAAGUACCUCGAGGAGAGAGUUCACAUGUCGCAGCAAUACGUUGAUUCAUUUGUCCAGGGCGUCAGUUUUCGUUGGAGCGAUUCGCUGAACUGCCACAGGGCGAUUCUAUGCGUCGCUGUCGUUGAUCUUCUCAAUUUCUUAAUAUCACUUUUGAACGACAAAGAGCAUCGGACAAAUUCGAGCAGAUACUACUCUACUGCUAUUAUGUGUAUUGGCGGAAUGGCACUGGACUGUAUGCAAGCGGACAGCAACGUGAAAAUCAUCCUCCACCUGAACGAGUAUUUUAAUACCCUAAAUCGGUAUAAAAUGAGAAGGAAUGCCUCCAGUGUGGUGGUUGAUUUUGUGGCAGUUCAUCCGCCGGGCCUCUACUUUGCCGUUACUAUCCUUCGAAUGACUCUUAAGACCGUGCUUUUUGGCAUCCUAAUUGGCCAAGCAGUAGUCGCUGGUGGAGAUGAUUUGUACAGCAGGCUUCAUGUGUCGCGCUCAGCCACUACUAAAGAAUUGAAAGCAGCUUACAGACGUGAGGCGACGAUAUGGUAUAUAGAUAGUAACUUUUUUAUAAGUAGGCAUCCUGAUAAGAAUCCCUCUGAAGCUGCUGAGCAGAAGUUCAUUGAAGUCACUAAGGCUUAUGAGAUUUUAUCGGACCCUCAAAAACGAGCUAAGUAUGAUGCCUAUGGCUUUUAUGACCUCGGUGAUAAGAGCUCUCCCGAUGAGGUUCCAUCCCCAGUUAAUCCUGACCUAUUCGGAAACUUUUUUGGUAGUCACUUCUUCCGUUUUGGUCAUGCCCCUCAGGAUGAAAACGUUGAAGCAGUUACAUUCAAUGUCUAUCGAGAGAAACUUCUCGUAGCCUCUCGAAGCACUCCGCUCAUGCUUCUUGGAAUUUCUCACUUCUGUUUUGUGUGUCGACAAAUCCAACCUCUCUGGUCGAAGAUUGCCAGUCGGUAUUCCCACCUGGGAGUCAUUUUUUGUAUUGCAAACAUUCAAGACGACCAAGCGUUGAGAGAGGAGCUUAAUGUUCUGCAUUCUCCCAGUGUUGUCGCUGUACUUGAUGGCAAGGUAUCCUAUUUCAUGCAGUCAGAAUUCACCGAGGAGACAAUCAUCAGUUUUCUCGUCCAAGCUCUGCUUAGCACAGGUCCUUUGCGUUCUUCACCGCUACCAGGUUUGCCUAGUACAACAUUGGGUACACCACUCAUGAAAACAGUAAAUAGUGAGGCCGAGCUGGACGCUUUCCAGAUUGGUUGGUUGGAGGAUAGCCGUCCGAGGGCCCUGUUCGUUAAAGCUACUUCCCGUCCGCCUCUUCGAUUUUGUCUUGCCGCUUUUAGGGCGGUGGACUUCCACGCUUCGGGAUUCGUGAAUGCUCAGGAUUCGGUGACGGAACCCAUUAUUCAACGGCUCAAUUUGAGCAGAAGCGAGGAGAGCAUCGUAAUAUUUCAUGAGUCGUCCAAUGAAGCGGUUAUUUGCCACUCUGCCAGCCACCUUUCACGACGCAUCAUUGACGAUGUGCUGAUGAAGAACAGUCGCCUUGCUGUGCCUCGCAUUCUCAACUCCGCACGCUUCCUCGAUCUCUGUCCUGCUGACGGCCAUCCGCCCUCCUCUGCUUUUGCAUCUGCAGCUGAAACCAUCAAAGGAACUGCUCACGGUGGGCACGCAAGCCAUCGACACCUCUGCCUUAUCCUCCUCCUUCAUCACCACCACCUUGAUAGAGAUCGUAUGUGGUUGGAUCUCUUCCGGUCUGCCCUCGUUUCGUCCACUCCUUACGCACUCACCACUCCACUAGGUCUUGCUGACCUUCCGAGAGACUUUUCACCCAUCCUUUCCCCUACCUACAUAUUUAUUGAUCGACAAGCCGCGUGGAUAAACAAUAUCACUGCAUCUUCCACGUGUCCCACGUGUCUGGGAUCGCUGACAGACCUCAACGGUCAUCUUCUGGCCCUCUGGCGAAUCUCAUCGAGAGUUCUCACUUUCCGGCUUCUUCCAAGGAAUGCCAGUCUUCAUCCUGUGGAAACUGCCUCCUUGGAGGGAUACGCUGAACGAUUAAAAAAAACGUUGACCGGAAUCGUUAUGGAUAUGGUAGCAGUGGAUAAUUUCUUAAAAUUGCAUGAUGUGAGGAAGGUGAGGGAGAAUGUGGCCGGUUGGUCGCUGGCUUACCUGCCACAAAUGGAGGCGCUUUUGGUGGAUGAACUGGCCGCCCCUCUGUGGUUGCGGAUCCGGCUGAAGGCUUGGAGUCUCUGUCGAACUGCGAUCUCAUACUUUGACGGUGUGUGGACUGAUCGAAUGGAUUUCUUUAUAACCGGCAGUUUCACAUUUAUUCUCCUUGCAAUGAUUGCUGUUUACCGGGUGGGGUGGGAUCUCUGGUCGGAAAUUGCGCCUAACUCUUUUCAUUCUUCAACUCCCCAUUCUUCCUCGUUUAAGAAGGAAUUCACAUCGUCCAACGUUCCUUGCAAUCGGGUUGAUAAUGAUAUGGAACCGAAAAACCUUCUCCUAACUCCCUCGACCUACGGUCGUCUUGUGUUGGCAGCACCCAAGAAUCAAUUUAGCAUCCUCCUCUGCACAGACGCUUCUCCUCUUGGUCAACGUCUUACCGACCAGUUCUACCACAUCUGUCGUAGCCGUGGCGCCAACACAAAUGUACGUCUCGUUCCAGCCUGUCUAUUUUUGGAUCGCUACGCUGACUGGCUAGGAUGGAUGCUUGAAGCGGCUACCAGGAUCCCUUUCCGUUCGUUCUCUUCCUCUUCUAACACCAAUCAUGUGGCCUUGACAUUUAACCCUGCUAACUGUCGUGGGACUGUUCUAGCUGUCAAUGGGUACAGGCGAUACUUUCACAUAUAUCACCCCCUUCUGCCAGGUGCUAAAUCGAAGUCUUAUUCUCAGGAUUCGGAAUAUCAAAUGGAAGAUGAGGAGGAGGGUUACGGAUUUAAACGACGUCAUGCGACUCCAAAUUCUUUCAAGGAGUCGCAACGCAUGGCAAAUUUCAGUAGACUUUUGGGUUUGAAUCGCUCGUCGGACGAGGAGAGUGAUUGUGAAUCGUCGGAGGAUUGUACAGGUGUUGUAACUCUUACAACACCGCUACUGGAACACGAAGUUCUUGCUGAUCUGCCGAUGUGGUUCGACCGUUUAUUUGAAGGCUCGUUGCGGCGAUAUCAUGUCCUGGAGUGGCCACGACACCUCACCCUCUCCUUGUGA